AUGGGUCAGUUGCACCAGAGGACCGGACUCAGACAUGUAAAAACGCCCAGACCAUCUAGGGAACCUUCCACCAGUGCCUUGUUGACAACUUGGGUCAUGGCCAUCAUGGGUCUGCGCCACACUCGAACCCUUGCCAUCAGCUCUUACCAAAUGAAUGUGGACUCAUCUGACCAAGCCACGGGUUUCCAUUCGUUAGGGACCAACCGAUGUGCUCACGCGCCCACGAGAGUCGCUGCAGGCGAUGUCAUGCUGUCAGCAGAAGCAUCUAUUAAAACUGUAAUUUUAAAUUUUAUUUGUAGUGAACAGUCAGUAGCCUCAGCAAGAGCAUCUGUUCUUGAAUAUGAUGUUGCUUCAAAAAAGUGGGUUCCGAGUGGAUCCUCUAGUGGCCUUUCAAAGGUGCACAUCUAUCAUCAUGUUGAACAGAAUACAUUUCGUGUGGUUGGAUGGAAAGUUCAGGACUCUGAAGUCGUAAUCAACUGUUCCAUCUUAAAAGGUUUGAAGUAUUUCCAGGCUACUCCUACAUUCCACCAAUGGCGUGACAACAGUCAAAUUCAUGGCUUAAAUUUUGCAAGUCGAAGUGAUGCUGAAACUUUUGCUCUUGCUAUGGAGAGGGUUUUGGAAAUUUUGGGGCACAGUAGUAUGUAUUUGAGUAGUCGUCGAUCUUCUAAUGCUCAACCAUUGUACCAGACAAUUGGUCAUAGUGGAGUUAGUCUAGACGAUUAUGCUGAAUAUAGAGGAUGGAUGAAUAAUGAAAAUGGUGAAAAAAGGUCAGGUUCUGAAUAUGGACAUUAUAGAAGCAAUCAUGCUGCUCCUUCCAGCCACCCGACUACUCCUGGUAGUGUAACUUCCCCUAGUUCUUAUAGUCAUCAUCGUGCCUCUUCUGCUCCAUCUGUAUCACAACAGCAGUUGUCAGUUGUUCCUCAGCAACCUUCUCCACAAUCCAAUGUUCCUCCACCACCACCACCUCCUCCUCCUCCAUCAGCUUCUAGUAUAUCUGGAAUAGCAACGUUGCCAAGGCUAAAUUUGCGUAAUAGUGUCGAUCAAGAAACAUCUGAAGUUUCCCUCGCAGCGGCUCUAGCUACUGCUAAACUGAGGAAAACUCCAUCAAAAAAUGCUGAAUCUUCUGCUGGUGAUACUAAACAUACCCCACCAAAGGGAAUGGCUUCCAUUUUGGAUGAAAUGACUCGAACCUUAGCCAGAAGGCGUGCUCAGACAGAUAGUGGUGUGGAUCUAGAUAGUCUUAGCAGUAAUGACAGUAAUAAGAGCUGGACAAGGCAAAACUCUGGCAAUGGCUACAGUCCUAACAAAAAUUCUGGAAAUGGCUCACCCCAUUCGUCUCGCAGGUCUGAUAUUGAUAAUGACAGGAGAAAUCAAAUAGUACUUGAUGUUUCUGAUAUAGAAAAAAUCAAACAAGAGAUCAUUCUAGAAAUAAGAAAAGAGAUGACUAAAAUGAAGCAAGAUAUAUUAGAAGCUGUGAAAAUGGAGAUAAACAGAAGAUAAGAAUAUUCCUUUCCACAUGAAGUCCAAGAACUGACAUGCUUUAUACAGAAGGCAAUGAUAUUGUUAGUGUAAAAAAAGUCUGUGUGUGAAUUAUGAGCAUACAAACAUCACACUGGCAAGCUUUAGAUUACAUUGCUGCAUGCGUCCCUAAAAAGUGUAAAUUUCAAUUUAGAAAUAUAUUUUCACAGCAGGUCCAUAUGAUUCUUGCCACUAUGUACAAAAUAUUUAAUGAAACACUCCAGUUUGACAAUUUUUACCAAAGCUUUUGGAAUGACAUUUUUGUACAGUUUACACUCAACAUGUUUGUCUGAUGGAAGUUUUUACAAAGAAAUAUUUCAUAACACUGUGUUCUUAUGUCAACAUUGUAUUAUUUAAAAUGUACUUUUUGUCAGCUGUAUAGCUGCUUUUUUUUUUUUUUCGUUUUGUUUGACAAAGUAGAAAUAUUGAUUAAUUGCAUAGAGCAAUUUUCUAUCAUUUAUUUGCAAAACUGAAUAAGAAAAUUAUCUUAAUGGAUUUUGAAAGCAAGAUGAUAUAAUUUAAAGUGAUCACUUUUAUUAUUUACACAUAGGUAGAUACUUGAAAUGUAAUAUUACUUACAUGUAUAUUGUACUUUAAUUCAGGUAUUGGCUACUUUAAUUGCAUAUAUUAGAAUUUAGCAUUUGCUGAUGUUUUUUGCUUUUUGUACCUAGUUGCUGUGUCUAAUGUAUCUAACAAUGAUGUAAAGAAAUAAUUCAAAAAUGGAAAAUUCAAAAGGCAUUUUGAUCAAACUUUUUGUUUCUGAUGAUAUAAGUAUAUUGACAUGACGUUUACUAUAAACCUGCCAAUCCUCCUUUUUUUUUUUUUUUUUUUUUUUUUCCCGGAUUAUUUUAUGAGCAUUUACUCUUGCAGGUCGAGAGUGACAAAAACAUUUUGUCUGUAUAAUGUAUAUUUUUGAAAAAAAAAAUCGACAGAUAGUCAUUUUUUAAUUUAUAUCCAGUGAUUAUAUAUGAGUGCUUAUGUGAGGUUUAUUUUGUAUGGGAAGUUUGUUAUUCAGUGCUAUGUGCAUGUAUAUUUUUUCUGCAGUUUAUAUCUUGCACUCUUGCAUAUAUAUGUAUAUAUGUCUAGAAGAUUUGGUGUAGAAACAGUUGCUAAAUUAUUAUUUAAACAGAAUUUGACCCAUAAAUUUCUGUUCUUUAUUUAAAUAACUGUAAUUGUGGAUCAAAAAGAUGGAAUAGAAACAAGAGAUUGGUUUAAUAGAGAUUCUUUCGUGCAAGAAUUGAAAUGGAAUAUGUGCUUUUUUCCUAUGUAAAAUGGGAAAAAAAAUUUGAUUAAUAAUUUACUGCAUUUUCUUUAAAAAAAGAUUAAAAAUAUUACAUUAUAUUGUUCUUAUGACAGAUAUUUGUACAUUUUAAGAUAUCAUUUUAAAUAUUUUUCUAUUACUUGCUCUUAUUUUUCCAGGAAUUCUAAACAUUAUUGCUAAAACUAAUUUAUUUUUCAUUAAAAAAAAUUAUUAUUUUUCAUUUAAAUUAUUUUUCAUUUAAAGAAGUAUAAUGCUGCAUAUAUCAGGUAGCAUAGAAAGGGUAUGUUGUAUUAAUUCAUUGUAGCGAUAAAAUGCAAAGUGAAUAAAACAAUAUUUGAUUCAGAAAA